AUGCCCCUUCCCGGCCUCCCCCGCGCGCCGAGCUAGGGCGGGGCGGGCCGUCUGGGGCCCAGAGCCUUGGAGCGAGGUACCUUCCGCUUCCUUGGGCCGGGGUCCCGGGAGCGCCAUGGAGCCUCGGGCGGUAGUGGCUGCUAUAGAGACGGGGGAGGAGGACGUGGUUAUGGAGGCUCUGCGCGCCUACAACCGGGAGAACUCCCAGAGCUUCACGUUUGACGAUGCCCAACAGGAGGACAGGAAGAGACUGGCGGAGCUGCUGGUCUCAGUCCUGGAGCAGGGCUUGUCACCCUCCCGCCGAGUCAUCUGGCUGCAGAGCAUCCGCAUCCUGUCGAGGGACCGCAGCUGCCUGGACUCGUUCACCAGCCGCCGGAGCCUGCAAGCGCUUGCCUGCUAUGCUGGCAUCUCUGCUUCGAAGGGGUCGUGUCCUGAGACUCUGGACAUGGAUGUUGUGCUCGAGUCCCUUAAGUGCCUGUGCAACCUCGUGCUGAGCAGCUCCGUGGCACAGGUGCUCGCCGCAGAGGCGGGGCUAGUGGUGAGGCUCGCAGAGCGAGUGAGACUGUACCGCCAGAGCAGCUUCCCGCAUGACGUCCAGUUCUUUGACUUGCGCCUCCUCUUCUUGCUAACGGCGCUUCGCACUGAUGUGCGCAGGCAGCUGUUUGAGGAGCUGCAGGGAGUGCACCUGCUGACCGAGGCACUGGAGCUGACACUGGGAAUGACCCCUGGAGAGGGACCCCCGGAACUCCUUCCUUCCCAGGAGACCGAACGGGCCAUGGAGAUCCUCAAAGUGCUUUUCAACAUCACCUUCGACUCCAUCAAGAGGGAGGUGGAUGAGGAAGACACUGUACUUUACCGGCACCUGGGGACCCUGCUGCGGCACUGUGUGAUGGUCACUGCUGCUGGAGACCGCACAGAGGAGUUCCACGGCCACACAGUGAACCUCCUGGGGAACUUGCCCCUCAAGUGUCUGGAUGUCCUUCUCACCCUGGAGCCACACGAAGGCUCCCUGGAGUUCCUGGGAGUGAACAUGGAUGUGAUUCAUGCCCUCCUCAGUUUCCUGGAGAAGCGUCUGCACCAGACGCACAGGCUGAAGGAGAGCGUGGCCCCUGUGCUGAGCGUGCUGACGGAGUGUGCCCGCAUGCACCGCCCUGCCAGGAAGUUCCUAAAGGCCCAGCUGCCUUUCCAGGUGCUGCCCCCGCUGCGGGAUGUGAGAACCCGGCCGGAGGUGGGGGAGUUGUUGCGGAACAAGCUGGUUCGCCUCAUGACGCACUUGGACACCGACGUGAAGAGGGUGGCCGCCGAGUUCCUCUUCGUCUUGUGCUCUGAAAGCGUGCCCCGAUUCAUCAAGUACACAGGCUACGGGAAUGCCGCCGGCCUCCUGGCUGCUAGGGGCCUCAUGGCAGGGGGUCGGCCUGAGGGCCAGUACUCAGAGGAUGAGGACACAGACACAGACGAGUACAAGGAAGCCAAGGCCAGCAUAAACCCCGUGACUGGGAGGGUGGAGGAGAAGCCACCCAACCCCAUGGAGGGCAUGACAGAGGAGCAGAAGGAGCAUGAGGCCAUGAAGCUGGUGAACAUGUUUGACAAGCUUUCCAGGUACGUGGCGUGGCAGGGAGGAACACCUGGCUGGGACAAAGGAGAACGGACCCACGUCCUGUCUUGUGACCCUCAGGAGGCGGGAUCAGAUCCUGGCAAGGCUGCAUCACUCUCUGACAUCACCUGUCCUGGAGGACAUUCUCCGGUGAAGGGCACAGAGUCAUCCAGCCCAUGGGGAUGAGUCCCCGGGGUCAGCUCACAUCCCUGCAGGAUGCCAUGUGUGAGACCAUGGAGGGGCAGCUCUCCUCGGACCCUGACUCGGACCCUGACUGAGAACGGCCACUCUUCUGCUCUUCAGAACUGGUGCUGCCUCCACGGAUGCCCUUGGGGCUGGGACCUGCGGAAGCCACAUCCAUCCCUCCCUCCAGCUUGGAGACCCUUUUCCCUCUCCUCCAAAAGUUGUGCUUACGAUUUGCCUUUGGUCCGUUUCCUCCUCUCUAGGAUUGCGAGGGUCUUGUCGCGCUCUAACUCUAAGUGGUGUCUUUUCGGUACCUGAGGGCAGGGCUUCACUGAAGGCAAAACCCAGCGUUUGUGAGAGUGGGCGCUGAGAAUGGGCGCAUGCAGACACAAGCACGUCCACGGUUGUCAUGCCGGCCCAGAGCUGGUGCUGGGCAAGUGCCACGUUGGGAAAGACCCUGCUGGAACUUCAUGUGCUGAUGUCAGAAAUCUACUUCCCGUGUACGCUCGGCUGUUUUUGUGCCUGCUGAGUGCAGGGCUCGUAGCCUCUUGUAUUCUCGGUCCCGGCUCAGUGCCCAGGUUCUCACGGGCUGUGACGAAUUUUGACCCUUCCUGCUGGCUUAGACUAUAAAUACAUGAAGGAAAAUGUCCCCCCUUGAAACCAUAAGUCUAAAUUUCUAUCUUGCACCACAGAGCUCCAUGGAAACAUCAUUCUGGAAUAAAGAGUUCCAGGCAAGAA